UUUCCACCUCAUUUAUUAUUUCUCAAUAUACUCGUACAUACUUAUAUGUAUAUGUAUGUAAUUAAGUCGCUUUGCGUGUAGCGCAAGUUUGUUGUUGGGGUGCUUCUUUUAAACAGCUGGUCGCUCAAAAGCAGAAAAAGAAGGUGAAGUGUAUAGUUAACUGGAAGUAAAACUUUGGAAGCAUUACAUAUUGGAACGAGAGCAACGCAAAAACAUCGCAAUACUUACAUAUGUACAUAGCACUCGAAAUAAAAUUCAUUGUCAAAUCGUGUUAAUACUAAAUUUAUAACACAAUAGAAACAAAAAUAUAAUAAAACAAACACCUUUUAGAAAUAGUGCAAGUAAAGUGACCCGAAUGCCCCAUUUCUAAUAAGGUUUAAUAAAAGAAAUCGCCAUGUUUAAAUUUUAAUGUAAAAAGUGCGUUCUUUUACUUGUAAUUCAACCACAAUGCAUUAAAGAAAGUGAAACAUACAUACAUACAUACAUACAUAUAUGUAUGCAAAAAUCUAAACAAAUAAAUAAAUAUGUUGUCUUCCUUCCACCAUUAUAUUCGAAUUAGUAUGCAUAUCUAAAUAGAUAGCAAUUUGUACAAUUUUGGGGGGCGCAGUGAAAACCGUUUAAGUAUGCAAAUAAAAGUAAAAAAAGUGUACAUAAAAAGUGACAAAUGAACGCCUCACGUCAAUCGUUAGCAUGGUUGAUUCCCAAAAAAAAGUGUGAAAGUGCAGUAAAAAGUGAAGCUUAGUGAUAUCUAAUUCAAUAUGUACAUAUAUUCAUAUGUAACAUGUGUAUGUCAUAGCUCCAAAUUUAAUUGAAACAAACACAAGAAUUAAUAAAUAUUUUAAUAUCGAUUAAAAGUGUAAUAGCCGAACAAGCAGAAUAAGCGUUCGUAACAGCAGUAGCAACAGCAGCAGUAGCAACAAUAUUAAUCAUUAUUCACCAUUCUAAAAUGUUACCGAUGCUAGCGAGAUAAUAUUUCAUCGCAAAUUGACGCCGUUUCAUUCAGCAAGUUAACGAUUAAAAUAGGAUUUCCGCUUCCUUCCGCUUAUCUGAUGCCUUCGCAUAUCUACAUAUGAAACAAAAAAUGGCACAUUCUAAAAUCAACAUAAUAACGAAAUGAAUUUAAUCAAUAAAACAAAUGCACUAGUUUCGUUUCGAUUAUCAAAUGCGACUAAUGUGAAGUGUAAACUGUUUCCAAUAAUAAGGAGCCAUUUACUAUAACUACUGUACGAUACAUACUUAUACAAAUAUACAUAUUUAAGCGCAAUAUUCACAGCCCCGCCCUGCAGACAACCACAACCCGUCAACUGAAAACAGCAAAAUAAAACGGCAACACGUGGCCUCAACAGGGAAAAGUGUAAUCUAAAGCUAUUGUUUCUACUAGGAUCAAAGAUUUGUAAAAGUGGAGGGCGCUAGUUGAAGAUGGCGCCUCGGAUAUAGCUGUUAUCCAAAGCUAACCCGCGACAUCCAUGUGCCUCAUGCCUUGGAAAUCUGAGGCUCUCAUCGCUGGCCGUAUAGACAAUGACAGAAGAUUCCGACUCGAUAUCUGAGGAAGAACGUAGCUUGUUCCGUCCCUUUACCCGAGAAUCAUUGAUUCAAAUUGAAAAACGCAUUGCCAUUGAACAUGAAAAACAGAAGGAGUUUGAAAGAAAGAGAGCCGAGGGCGAGGUGCCGCAAUAUGGUCGCAAGAAAAAACAAAAAGAAAUCCGAUAUGAUGACGAGGACGAGGAUGAAGGUCCACAACCGGAUCCUACACUUGAACAGGGUGUGCCAAUACCUGUUCGACUGCAGGGCAGCUUCCCGCCGGAAUUGGCCUCCACUCCUCUCGAGGAUAUUGAUCCGUACUAUAACAACGUACUGACCUUUGUAGUUGUAAGUAAGGGAAAAGAUAUUUUUCGCUUUUCUGCAUCCAAAGCAAUGUGGUUGCUCGACCCGUUCAAUCCUAUACGUCGCGUAGCCAUUUACAUUUUAGUGCAUCCGUUAUUUUCGUUAUUUAUCAUUACAACUAUUCUGGUUAACUGCAUUCUGAUGAUCAUGCCCACGACGCCAACAGUUGAGUCUACUGAGGUGAUAUUCACCGGAAUCUACACAUUUGAAUCAGCUGUUAAAGUGAUGGCACGAGGUUUCAUUUUAUGCCCGUUUACGUAUCUUAGAGAUGCAUGGAAUUGGCUGGACUUCGUAGUAAUAGCUUUAGCUUAUGUGACUAUGGGUAUUGAUUUAGGUAACCUCGCAGCAUUGAGAACGUUUAGGGUACUGCGAGCACUUAAAACCGUAGCCAUCGUGCCAGGCUUAAAGACUAUCGUCGGCGCUGUCAUCGAAUCAGUAAAAAAUCUGCGUGAUGUGAUAAUUUUGACAAUGUUCUCGCUGUCAGUUUUCGCGCUGAUGGGUCUACAAAUUUACAUGGGUGUUCUAACACAGAAGUGCAUUAAAAAAUUCCCCUUAGACGGCUCAUGGGGAAAUCUGACUGACGAAAACUGGGACUACCACAACCGAAACAGUUCAAAUUGGUAUUCAGAGGAUGAUGGAUAUUCCUUUCCGCUUUGCGGGAAUAUAUCAGGUGCUGGGCAAUGUAGUGAUGAGUACGUGUGUCUACAGGGCUUUGGUCCUAAUCCAAAUUACGGAUACACCAGUUUCGAUUCAUUCGGUUGGGCUUUCCUCUCGGCGUUCCGUCUAAUGACACAGGACUUUUGGGAAGAUUUGUACCAGCUCGUUCUUAGAGCGGCUGGUCCCUGGCACAUGCUGUUCUUUAUAGUCAUCAUCUUCCUAGGUUCAUUCUAUCUUGUGAAUUUGAUUUUGGCCAUUGUUGCCAUGUCUUAUGACGAAUUACAAAAGAAGGCCGAAGAAGAAGAGGCUGCCGAAGAGGAGGCGAUUCGCGAAGCGGAAGAAGCAGCGGCAGCAAAAGCUGCUAAAUUGGAAGAGCGAGCAAAUGCAGCAGCGCAGGCGGCAGCAGAUGCAGCUGAAGCGGCUGAAGCAGCCUUGCAUCCAGAGUUGGCGAAAAGCCCGACUUAUUCGUGCAUUAGCUAUGAGCUCUUUGUCGGUGCCGAAAAGGGAAACGAUGACAACAAUAAGGAGAAAAUGUCGAUACGCAGCGUUGAAGUUGUAUCGGAGUCGGUGAGCGUUAUUCAAAGACAACCAGCACCUACUACAGCACCCGCUACUAAAGUCAGAAAAGUGAGCACGUACACAAUUCGAAAUGGACGUGGUCGUUUCGGUAUUCCAGGUAGCGAUCGCAAACCGCUCGUAUUGUCAACAUAUCAGGAUGCACAGCAGCAUUUGCCAUAUGCUGAUGACUCAAACGCAGUUACGCCGAUGUCCGAAGAAAAUGGUGCUAUAAUCGUGCCGGUGUACUAUGGCAAUUUAGGCUCUAGGCAUUCAUCAUAUACCUCGCAUCAAUCAAGAAUUUCCUAUACGUCGCAUGGCGAUCUAUUAGGGGGUAUGGUUGCAAUGGGCGUUAGCACGAUGACCAAGGAGAGUAAAUUGCGAAGUCGUAACACGCGCAACCAGUCGGUGGGUGCAUCGAAUGGCGCCAGCUAUGGUGAUACAAAUCACAAGGAUCAACACCGAGACUACGAAUUGGGCCUUGAAUGUACAGAUGAAGCUGGAAAGAUAAAACAAAACGACAAUCCUUUUAUCGAGCCCGUCCAAACACAAACCGUGGUCGACAUGAAAGAUGUUAUGGUUUUGAAUGACAUAAUAGAGCAAGCCGCUGGUCGGCAUAGUCGUGCUAGUGAUCGUGGUGUCUCCGUUUACUAUUUUCCAACAGAAGACGAUGACGAGGAUGGUCCUACGUUUAAGGAUAAGGCUCUUGAGGCCAUACUUAGAGGGAUUGACAUUUUUUGUGUGUGGGAUUGUUGCUGGGUAUGGUUGAAAUUUCAAGAAUGGGUGUCACUAAUUGUUUUUGAUCCGUUCGUUGAGCUUUUUAUUACGUUGUGUAUUGUUGUGAACACAAUGUUUAUGGCAAUGGACCACCACGAUAUGAACAAGGAAAUGGAGAAAAUAUUAAAAAGCGGCAAUUAUUUCUUCACUGCGACUUUUGCCAUCGAAGCCACAAUGAAACUGAUGGCCAUGAGUCCGAAAUAUUACUUUCAGGAGGGCUGGAAUAUAUUCGAUUUCAUUAUUGUUGCACUUUCACUUCUUGAACUAGGUCUGGAAGGAGUUCAAGGCCUUUCCGUUUUGAGAUCAUUUCGAUUGCUUCGAGUUUUUAAACUUGCUAAAUCGUGGCCAACUCUAAAUUUACUAAUUUCCAUUAUGGGUCGCACCAUGGGUGCAUUGGGUAAUCUAACAUUUGUCCUUUGCAUUAUCAUAUUCAUCUUUGCUGUAAUGGGAAUGCAACUUUUCGGGAAGAACUAUACGGACAAUCAGGACAGAUUUCCAGACGGUGAUUUACCACGCUGGAACUUUACGGAUUUCAUGCAUUCAUUUAUGAUCGUUUUCCGGGUAUUAUGUGGUGAGUGGAUUGAGUCCAUGUGGGACUGCAUGUAUGUCGGCGACGUCUCCUGCAUUCCGUUCUUUUUGGCUACGGUCGUGAUUGGAAACUUGGUCGUGCUUAAUCUUUUCUUAGCCUUGCUUUUGUCUAAUUUCGGUUCAUCUAGUCUAUCGGCCCCAACAGCCGACAAUGACACUAAUAAAAUCAUGGAAGCGUUUAACAGAUUUUCGCGUUUUAAAGCAUGGAUAAAGCGUAAUUUUGCCAAUUGUUUCAAUUAUAUUCGUAACAAAUUGACAAAUCAAAUUAGUGAUCAACCAUCAGGCAAAGGGGUUUGUCGUUGUAUAUCUACAGAGCAUGGUGACAACGAGCUGGAACUAGGCCAAGAUGACAUUAUUGCCGAUGGCCUAAUCAAAAAAGGGAUCAAGGAGCAAAACCAGCUAGAGGUUGCAAUUGGCGAUGGCAUGGAAUUCACGAUACAUGGCGAUAUGAAGAACAACAAGCCGAAGAAACCGAAAUAUCUUAAUAAUGCAACGUUUGCUCUCCUGCAGAUGAUUGGAAACUCAAUUAACCACCAAGACAAUAGACUGGAACAUGAGCUAAACCAUAGAGGUUUGUCCUUACAGGACGACGACACUGCCAGCAUCAACUCAUAUGGUAGCCAUAAAAAUCGACCAUUUAAAGACGAAAGCCACAAAGGGAGUGCAGAAACAAUGGAGGGUGAGGAGAAACGUGAUGCCAGUAAAGAAGACCUUGGUCUGGACGAAGAACUAGACGAGGACGGUGAAUGUGAAGAAGGACCACUUGAUGGAGACAUUAUAAUACAAGCAAACGAAACCGAUAUUCUUGACGAAUACCCGGCUGAUUGCUGUCCGGACUCAUAUUAUAAGAAGUUUCCAAUAUUAGCUGGUGACGAAGAUUCGCCUUUUUGGCAAGGAUGGGGCAAUUUACGACUGAAAACUUUUCAAUUAAUUGAAAAUAAAUACUUUGAAACAGCUGUUAUCACUAUGAUUUUAAUGAGUAGCUUAGCUUUGGCCUUAGAAGAUGUCCACCUCCCGCAAAGACCAAUACUGCAGGAUAUCCUUUAUUAUAUGGACAGAAUUUUUACAGUUAUAUUUUUCUUAGAAAUGUUAAUCAAAUGGUUGGCCCUCGGCUUCAAGGUUUACUUCACGAACGCGUGGUGUUGGCUUGAUUUCGUCAUCGUAAUGCUUUCACUCAUCAAUUUGGCCGCGGUUUGGUCCGGAGCAGAUGAUGUGCCGGCAUUCCGCUCUAUGCGUACGUUGCGUGCUCUUCGGCCGUUGCGUGCGGUAUCCCGAUGGGAGGGUAUGAAAGUCGUCGUGAAUGCAUUGGUUCAAGCUAUACCGUCCAUCUUCAAUGUGCUAUUGGUGUGUCUAAUAUUUUGGCUAAUUUUUGCCAUAAUGGGUGUACAGCUUUUUGCUGGAAAAUAUUUUAAGUGCGAGGAUCAAAAUGGCACUAAACUCAGUCACGAGAUCAUACCUAACCGCAAUGCCUGCGAGAGUGAAAACUACACAUGGGUGAAUUCAGCAAUGAAUUUUGAUCAUGUAGGUAAUGCGUAUCUGUGCCUUUUCCAAGUGGCCACGUUUAAAGGCUGGAUACCUAUCAUGAACGACGCAAUUGACUCACGUGAGGUGGGCAAGCAGCCAAUCCGUGAAACGAAUAUCUACAUGUAUUUAUAUUUCGUAUUCUUCAUCAUAUUUGGAUCAUUUUUCACUCUUAAUCUCUUCAUUGGUGUUAUCAUUGAUAAUUUUAACGAGCAAAAGAAAAAAGCAGGUGGAUCAUUAGAAAUGUUCAUGACAGAAGAUCAGAAAAAGUACUAUAAUGCUAUGAAAAAGAUGGGCUCUAAAAAACCAUUAAAAGCCAUUCCUAGACCGAGGUGGCGUCCACAAGCAAUAGUAUUUGAAAUAGUUACUGAUAAAAAAUUCGAUAUAAUAAUUAUGUUAUUCAUUGGCCUAAAUAUGUUUACCAUGACACUCGAUCGAUACGAUGCGUCCGAAACAUAUAAUGCUGUUCUAGACUAUCUAAAUGCGAUAUUCGUAGUUAUUUUCAGUUCCGAAUGUCUAUUAAAAAUAUUCGCCUUACGGUAUCACUAUUUUAUUGAGCCAUGGAAUUUAUUUGAUGUAGUAGUUGUCAUUUUAUCCAUCUUAGGUCUUGUGCUGAGCGAUAUUAUUGAAAAGUACUUCGUAUCUCCAACGCUGUUGCGUGUGGUCCGUGUGGCAAAAGUGGGUCGCGUGUUACGUCUUGUCAAAGGUGCUAAAGGUAUUCGCACGCUGUUGUUCGCGCUAGCUAUGUCACUUCCGGCUCUAUUCAACAUUUGUCUGCUGCUAUUUCUUGUAAUGUUCAUCUUUGCUAUUUUCGGGAUGUCAUUUUUUAUGCAUGUGCGGGAAAAAAGUGGCAUUAACGACGUUUAUAAUUUUAAAACUUUUGGCCAAAGUAUGAUAUUGCUGUUCCAGAUGUCUACCUCAGCCGGUUGGGAUGGCGUUUUAGAUGCUAUUAUCAAUGAGGAAAAUUGCGAUCCACCCGACAACGACAAAGGCUAUCCGGGCAAUUGUGGUUCUGCAACAGUUGGAAUAACGUUUCUUCUCUCAUACUUAGUUAUAAGCUUUUUGAUAGUUAUUAAUAUGUAUAUUGCUGUCAUUCUCGAAAACUAUAGUCAGGCCACCGAGGACGUGCAGGAAGGUCUCACCGAUGAUGAUUAUGAUAUGUACUACGAAAUCUGGCAGCAGUUCGACCCCGAAGGUACGCAAUAUAUACGCUAUGAUCAGCUCUCCACAUUUCUGGAUGUCUUGGAACCGCCUCUUCAAAUACAUAAACCGAACAAGUACAAAAUCAUAUCUAUGGAUAUACCAAUCUGUAGAGGAGAUAUGAUGUAUUGUGUAGAUAUUUUGGAUGCUCUUACCAAAGACUUUUUUGCACGGAAAGGCAAUCCUAUAGAAGAUACAGGUGAAAUCGGCGAAAUUGCUCCCAGGGCAGAUGCCGAAGGACAUGAACCUGUGUCAUCUACUUUAUGGCGUCAACGUGAGGAGUAUUGUACUCGCCUGAUACAAAACGCUUGGCGUAAGUACAAAGCGCGUACAUCUGGUGAAAUGGAAGGGAACAUCGAAAACAAUUUUGAUCCCGAAAGUGGCGAAGGUGAUGGCGAUGGAAGCCGUAGUGGAGCUGGUGGAGAGAGUGGUGAUGGUAUGCGCGAUGGAAACGUAAUCAGCCCGGAAGCUGCUUUAAGUGGGAGUCCAGUAAGUCCGGGUUCUGCGUGUGGUGGAGUCGGUAGCGGAUCAAGCAUCAAAAAUGGCCGACAAACGGCCGUACUGGUGGAAAGUGAUGGUUUUGUAACCAAAAACGGCCAUAAGGUUGUAAUACACUCGCGCUCACCGAGUAUAACGUCGAGAACGGCGGACGUCUGAGCCAGGCCUCGCCCCCCCCCCUCCAGGAAGCACCUUAAUCGAACUGACCUAAAUCAACAAAAAUAAUUUUCUGCCACAUUCAACAACAACGACAGCGUAAAGCAAAACAAACCUCAACUGCUAUGAGGACUAGUAUCACCAUUACCAGCUGCAGUUUUUUCUACUUUCAGUUCAAAUAUUGAUUCGAAAACUAUGCAAAAGUAAGAAGAAGGAAAAUCUAAUUACCCAAAAUCUCUACUGUGACCUAGUAAUAUUCAAAAAUUUAAAUUAAAAAAUUAGCAUUUUUAUUUAGUAUAAAUAAUCUGCUUACUAUCUUUGUAUUAUCAUGCUCAUAUUUAUGAGAAAUUAUUUUCUGUUAAGCACAUAUUUGUAUACCGUAAUACCUUGCAAAAAUUAUACAAAAAUUAUUUACUAUUAUCUAUACAUGUGUAUGUAAACGCUAUUUCAUUUGCCUCGUAUCUAUUUAUACACUUUAGAGCGAUAUUAUUUCAUAUCUAAUUUAUGAAUAUGUGUUAACAUAUGUACAUUUAAUGCUCAUACAGGCAUAGCUUUAUAAACGAUUCUGGUGUUUUCGUUCACAACAGCGAUAUGCAGCUGUAAAUUUUAAAAUUUUCAAUGCGAAACAUGCAGGCGUAAGAGAAAAAAUCACAUAAUGAAAUUGUUACAAAAAGCCUACUGCCAUAUCUCUGAGAUCAAAUGCACUAAAGUUUGAAAUAAGAGAAUUAUAUAACAACACACUUACACACACUGUUAUUAAAUUUGAAUUAAAAAUGUAAGACACUGUCCAUUGCAAUAUCAAAAGAUUCACAUUUCACACAAAACAUAACAUGGUAACAAUUCCGACACGUUAUUUUAACUAUCAAACAUGAACUGGGGUAGGGGCGCAUGAAUAAUGGAAUCAAAAGAUAAAAGCAUAAAAAUUUUAAAUUAAAACUAAUUGUAAUGGAACGGUCAGUUAUUAAGAACUAAUCUAUAAAAGUAUUAACGACUGAUGUUAAAUUUACAUAAAAUGUGAUUUACUAAAUAAGGCAUUCUAUAGCCAGACGACCUGGGAACACACUUCACUGACAACUUCUACAUCUCUAUAUAUGUAUGUACAUAUAUGGCGAGAAUAGUUCGAUGUGUGAUUAGGUUUGAUAACUCCACAAUUCUGGAAGAUGAAUAUAAAAAUAUUACGCAACAAAUGACAGACUCGGUAAAAAUCAUUUGCAGCCAACUUGUAAAGAAAAACUUAAUGUUACAAAAGUCGCGAAGAACAAUAAAUGGAAUGUGUACAUCAGCAAUAAAUAAAAGUCAUAAAGGCAAAUAAACUUAAAUACAAAUCGUGCAUAAUCUGAAAUCUAACUAAAGACGAUGACGUGUAGAAAGUAGAUUAAUAAAUACUCCAAUGUGCAAAUAUGGGUAAUUUUCGACUGCAAAUCCCAGUGCAAAUAUAGUGAUAUAACCCUGCAAUGAAAACCGGAUCGCUUAAGAAAUGUUAAAUAUUGGAAACCAUAUACGAAAGUAUGAAUUCUUCGUACCAGGCGAUUAAAAGGUAUACCAAAAAUAAAAUUAAUUAAUGAAGCUAAAGGAAUGCUAACAAAAGGUUCGGGAAAAAUGCAACUAAGAUAAACUUAUCGAAUACACGGACAUACCAAAAUAAUCACUUUUAUCUAGUCGACCGCACCGAGCGUUCAAAUUGACAUGUACUCUACAUAACACAUUUUUAAGUUCCUGGUUAAGGACUUGAGCGUUACGUGCAUUUCUUUGUUGCAUACACAUGUAGAUGUAAUUUUAAUUUGCAUGGUUUAUUGAAACGAAGUUUUACAUAUGCAGGUCCACAUGCUGUAAUACCAACAAGCUUGUAUAUGUAUGUACAUAAAUACAUUUGCUGAUUUACGCAAAAAUAAGUUUAUACAUUUGGAAGCAUGGGAACAUAAUUUUAUCACUGUACUUGCUACUUGGGUUUCCAAGUAAUUAAAUACAUAAUUUGCCCAAAAGACAUCCAUGCAUACACACUACAAUGCCUUUUUGCUUGCUAUAUAAUAACUGUCAUUAGAAGUGCAUGUACAUACAUACAUAUGUAUUAGUUUAUUUUUGAAGAAUUUAUACUGCUUGGCAUUAAGAACUCAAAGUUUUGUACAUGCAAAACAAAUGAAUUUCAUUUCACUCCAACGCUUCGCUAGUUCUAUUCGCAAAUGAAAAUGGUUUUAAAAGUUUUAUUCAGACGACUUGUCAUUUGUUCAGCUUAAAUAUGAGAGCCUUCGUUGUUUUUGAUUGCGACUGCAGCGUAAACAAUAAGCAUUAAAACCUAUCAAAAAAAAGCAGAAGCAUUACGGCCGCUGCGGCUACUGCCAUUUCAAGCCCAUACGCCAAACUGCUUCACUGAAUAUUUUUAAGCUGUUUACGGAUUGCUACGUACAGAAAAUAAGUUCAUUAAGUAAACAAAAAUCUACUAACCGGGUGCAAAAUCACUAAAUUCGAGGGGCGGGCGAGACGAAACAAAACAUAGAAUGAAGAUAAAUUAAGAUUAAAAAAAAACAAGCACAUUAGCAGUAAAACACUAAGGAGACUUAACUAGCAUAAAAACGAACAUCCAUUAAUGAGUAUAGACAAUAGAAAACCGUGUAAAAACUAGUCAAAUCUCGUAAAUAAUUGUAUAUAAGAAAAAAAUAAUCGUGAAAUCUGACUUGAUUUGAAUUCGACCAAAACCUGUAAAAUAUUAGCGGCUACAUACAAAGCACUGAGAUGGUUCAAUUUCCACUAAUUGGAUAAAGUAAAAAACUGAAUACCAAACGUCGACCAAAUAACUCGUCGAGAUAUUCGAAGUAAACUUUUCAUUUAGCAAUGAGAUGGCAGAUUAAAGGAAAUGGCGAUUUCAGUGCAACAAAACAAAAUCUGUAAAUUCGGCAAUUUGUGUAAUAUAAAAACGAAAACCAAUUAUUAUAAUUGAGCUAUCAAUGAAAUCGCUAAAACUUAAACAUUCAAACGUAUAAAAAUAAAAGCAUAACUAAAGCAAGCUGAAUAUAAAAUGCUUCUCAUAAAAAAUUAAGCUUUAUACUACAUAUACAUACAUAUAUUUGUAAAAAUAAAAUAGGGACAUACACAUACAUACAACAUGUACAUCCAGUCACAUUUUAACUCAUUCCUGAGAUUAAAAUCCAAGGCAACACACUCGUACACUAUGGCAUUACUCACCACUAUCUAAACACGCAAAUAAGACAAGCCCCCGAAGCUCACAAGUUAUAUGUUUAAGCGUUUGUAAAUGUAAUGGCGGAAAAUUGUACUUAUGUAGCUGUAGCUAUUAAAUCGCGUUAGAUAUUCUAAUAAACUUGUAGAAAAAUACGUGGUGAAAAAUACGAUUAACAAGAAAAUAAAGAGGCUUUGCUUCUAAAAACAAAAACAAAAAAAAAACUAUUUUAUCACACUUUUCAACAGCAAAUGGCGUUAACACUGCUGCAUACAAAUUACUCUUUUGUGCUAUGUGUGCUAAAUGGUUUUGAAAACAAAUAAGUAUAUGUAUAUGCUUAAUUUCCAUUGCUUUUUUUUACAUUGUUGCAGUGUGGUCUAGAAUUAUGUGGGUACAUGAUAUGUUCUGCUGUUUGAUAUCAAUCUUUACCUAAAAUGGCCAGAAACACAUUAGGGGGGGUUCUCUAAGUCUUGUAAAACCCUUGCACGGCUUGAACGGUAGAACAGGGUUUCCUAUCGGAAAUCUUUGACAUACGUACGCUGUGCAAGGCUUUGCAAGACUUCGAGAAUCCUUCUAAAGUGAAGCAAUGUGUGUAGAAUCGGAUACAAACUCCAAGAUAAUUCUAAUGUAAGCAUAAAAAAUACAAAUCAACUACCGCAAAUACAUAUUUGUGUAAAAACUUUCAAUGACAUAUGAGUUAUGAGGUCUAGAAAUGUAUAUUUUUGUAAAGCAAUUCAAAAACUUUAAACCAAGGUAAAUAUUUGUGUACUAGUAAAUAAAAAAUCGCUAAGUUUAAUGUGGAGUGAAAAGAAAUUAAAACAGCAUAAUAUGUUUAAGGGCUAUAAACCAGUUUCACUCACGCAAAAUUGAAAACACAA